CACAGUAUACACAGCGAACAAGGCAUAACACAUCAGAACAGAGCGAGAACUUGUUUCGACUUCAAAAUGAAGGUUUCUUUGCUUACAGCAUUUUUUCAAGUUUUACUCAUUAUUUUGUUCGCAACGCUGGUAAAAUAUGAUCCAAAACAGUCUGGAGCAUUUAGAAACAAGAAUAAUUUAAUGAGCAACAAUACUUCGAGCUCGAAUCAGAUAUCAAGAUAUCCCGUCUUUCAAGAUGUUCAUGUUAUGAUUUUCGUUGGUUUUGGUUUUCUUAUGACAUUCUUGAAGAAUUAUGGCUACAGUGCAAUUGGUUACAAUUUCUUUCUCUCGUCGUUGGCGAUUCAAUGGUAUAUCAUUAUAGCUGGUUGUAUAGAGCAUCGCGAAACGACUGAUUUUACUAUUGAUUUAAACUUGGAGAAAUUGAUAACUGCUGAUUUCUCGGCCGCUGCCGUGUUGAUAACAUUUGGUGUCCUUCUUGGUAAAGUGAGUCGUCUCCAACUCUUCUUAAUUUGUAUUAUCGAGAUUGUCGUCUUCACCGUGAACGAGUUCAUUCUUUUGGAAGAAUUGAAAAUAGCCGAUGCUGGUGGUUCUUUGGUCAUUCAUUGCUUUGGUUGCUAUUUUGGUUUGGCAGUCAGUUUCAUGCUGAGGAACGUGAAGAACGAAUUUGAGGAUAACGACAAAGAAGGAUCAGUUUAUCAUUCAGACUUGUUUUCAAUGAUCGGAACUCUAUUCCUAUGGAUGUAUUGGCCUAGUUUUAACAGCGCCCUUGUUACAGAUCCCUACGAUCAGCAAAGAACCGUUAUCAAUACAUACUUGUCUCUUGUUGCUUGUUGUGUUACAACCUUUGCCGUUUCUGCUUUCGUUCAUCAAAAAAGAAAAUUGAAUAUGGUACAUGUUCAAAAUGCAACAUUAGCUGGUGGCGUUGCAAUUGGAACUGUCGCUAACAUGAUCGUUGAACCUUGGGGAGCGCUCUUCAUUGGCACGUUGGCUGGUGUAGUUAGUGUUCUUGGAUACAGUUAUGUGACACCCUUCCUCAGCAAAUUCUUGAAAAUUCACGAUACUUGUGGUGUGAACAACCUUCAUGGUAUGCCAGCUCUAGUUGCAGGUCUUGCAGGAGUCAUCUAUUCACGAAUGUCGUUUGUUGACGAUUAUCACGAGAGUCUGACAAACGUGUUUGAAGCGAGAGAAAAUCGCACUGAACACGAGCAAUCUAUAAAACAACUUGUAGCUAUCUUCGUCACCCUUGCCAUAUCCAUUGGUUCUGGUCUAAUUACGGGCUUCAUCAUUAGCUUUAAAAUAUUUGAUGCACCUAGCCCAAAGGAAGUUUAUGAUGAUGAAAGCUAUUGGGUAAUGCCUUCUAAUGAUCCCGCAGAUGAUAGAACAGCUCCCCUAGACCAAAUGAAGAAGGAAGUAUUGAAUUACUAGCUGUCAAUGCCCGAAAUGCUGAAGAAAAUGUAUGAAACAGCGAAGACUAAUUGUUUCCUUCAUUCUGUGGACUUUUUCACAAUAGUUUUUUAAUUUCAUCCUUAAUCAAUGGUAUAUUUUGUAUACGUUUGUAAAACAUGCAUCUUUCAACACAUACUCACUGCACAGUAAUACAAAGUAGGAACUCUAUUUUUGCACUGAUAAUUUUUGUAUGUAGCUAUGUUUAUUGCAUAGUUUUAACUAUUUUUGUAAUUAUCAUUUGUUGUACAUCUAUGAAUCUUGGCUUCGGCAUUUUUUCACAAGUAAGCACAUAUUUUAUUUAUUGUAUAUGUUACAUUUAAAUAACUUUGUGUAGCAAACAUGUUGUGCUGCAUAGAAAUUAGGAA